ACACUUUUUCUUUUGUUUCGUUAAAUGUUUGGCUAAUUGACAUUCCUUCGAAGAGGCGUUAGUGAUUGAAGACAUACGGUUAAGUUAUUCACCUCUGCAGGCAGAAAGACUUAGUAUAUUGCGUGGUGGGAAAACUUUAUCUUUAAAUCGAGUAGGCCUAUCCCUCUAUUUUCUUGCUGGGGUACUGCAUCCCACUUAGUCUGGGUUCGCACUGACAUGCAGGGUCAAACCAUCCUGCCCCUCCUCCCAUUAAAGCUGCUGUUCUUUUGGGCGGGAGGGGGGUAUACCACUUCUAUGAAAACAACAACAUACCCCUCCAUGUGCAGGUAAACACUUUGGUACCUGGCCUACUCAGGAAUAUACGGACAAACAAAAAUCGUCGACCUUCAUCGACAUUUAUUUGAUAAUGUUACGCUGAUUCAUCAUUUCCGUUCCUCAGUAAUCUUUGUAUGCAGCGCGAUAAGCAUUAGUGCUGGAACUUUUUUAAAACCAAAGUGUCGACCCCAGUCCCAAUUGUAAAAAGCACUUGUCCUUGCAGAGUGCCAGCUAAUGUCAACAGGUUUAUUCUACCACUUUAAGUUAUCAGUUGCAGUGGCAUACAGCAGACAAAAGUACAACAAAUACAAUAACUUCAUCUAGCUUUUGGCCCCAAAACAGUUCUUGUUUGCGUCAACUAUUUAAAGUCGUGCAGUUGCCCGCACAUUAUCACUAUGUCACAGCAUUUCAUUUUGCACAGUUGUUGAUUCCUUAAUAAAAACGACCAUGAUAUUGGGGAAACUACGGCAUGGUAUAACCGUCCUUGUACUAGCCAUUGUUGCGUCAAACCAUGGAGUCACGAGCUCAAGAGUUAGUCACUCUAGUACAGGACACCCCACGAACAAUGCACAGCACCAGGCACAAAUCAAUGACUUCCCGUUCCGGAACACCAGCUUGCCGUGGGAUAAGCGCGUGGAUGAUCUCGUGUCCAGACUGACCCUUGAAGAGAUUCAGGUACAGAUGUCCAGGGGUGGAGCUGGGGAUCUUGGAGGUCCAGCCCCGGCUAUUCCGAGAUUGGGCAUUGGGCCAUAUCAGUGGGACACAGAAUGUUUGCGGGGUGAUGGGGCGGCAAUAGAGAAUGCAACGGGCUUUCCUCAAGCUAUUGGUUUGGCGGCCACUUUCAGCCGUGAAAUUUUGUACAAUGUUGCCCGAGCGACAGGUCAAGAAGUGCGAGCCAAAUAUAACGAUUUUGCCAAAAGGGGUAUCUUUGCCACUCACACUGGUAUGAGUUGCUUCAGCCCGGUCAUCAAUAUCUUGAGAGACCCAAGAUGGGGCAGGAAUCAGGAGACAUACGGCGAGGACCCUUACCUGACCGGUGUUCUGGCAGAGAAUUUUGUCAAGGGUAUCCAAGGCAACAACUCGAGGUUCAUAAUGACCAGUGCUGGAUGCAAGCAUUUUGCCGUUCAUGGAGGGCCCGAAAACAUACCAGUGUCAAGAUUCUCCUUUGACGCUAUCGUCUCUGACACCGACUGGAGGAUGACGUUUCUGCCCGCCUUCAAGAAAUGUGUAGAGGCCGGUACCUACAGCGUCAUGUGCAGCUACAACAGACUAAACGGUGUCCCAACAUGCGCUAACAAAAAACUGCUUACAGACAUCCUGCGCACAGAAUGGAACUUCAAGGGCUAUGUCGUCAGUGACCAAGCUGCGAUAGAAAAUAUCAUGUGGGCUCAUAAAUAUCGUCACAAUAGAGUGGAUACUGUGGCGGCCUGUGUUAACGCAGGUACAAAUCUAGAACUUUCAAACAAUCUCGCAAACCCAGUUUAUAUGUCUAUGAUAGAUGCUAUUAAUCAGGGGAAAUUGACGGAGAAUUUGGUGAGGGAAAGAGUCAAACCACUGUUUUACACUCGCAUGAGGCUCGGGGAGUUUGACCCGGUAAAAGAUAACCCUUACGCCAAGCUGAGCAUGGAUCAGAUCGAAUCUACCGAGCAUCAACAGGUGGCUGUCACAGCCGCGAUGAAGUCUUUCGUACUGUUAAAAAAUAAAGGUGGUAUUUUACCCUUGAAGAAAGGAGAGUACAGCAAAGUCGCAGUGUUAGGACCAAUGAGUAACGACUUAACACAGGUGAACGGUGACUACCCCCCUCAUCAAGACAAGUCUUUCUCCACAUCUGCGUUUGGUGCAAUUAAGGAUAUUUACCCCAACCCCAAACACGGAAAAGUGUGCAACGACAGCACUGUUUGUACAAAGUAUAACAAAGCUGCCGUGCCUGCAAUAGUGAAAGAUACGGAAUUGGUGUUUGUAGCUCUGGGCACUGGUCAAGCUGUUGAAAUGGAGGGAAAAGAUCGUCCUGAUAUGGAGCUUCCCGGACACCAGAAGGAAAUUCUUCUGGAUGUUCUUGCCAACAGCGGGAACGCCAAGAUCAUCUUGCUUCUCUUCUCUGCCAGCCCUCUCAACAUUACGUUUGCCGACCAGUCAGACCGCGUGGUAGCCAUCAUGGAAUGUUUCUUUCCUGCACAGUCUACUGGGAAGGCCCUGUACAAUUUGUUCUGUACCUACGUCUGA